GUAACACCAAAGAUGACAAGGAUCUUGGAAACAUGAGCCACGAAGACCUUAUGAAGCUAGCGGCAGCCCAAGCAGCCAGUGAAGAAAAGGGUACAGAGCAGGCUCCCACUGUCAACCCAUUGACACAGCCUCCACCUCACAUACCCCCGCCAGGACCUCACAUGUUUCCAGGACACCAUCCCAUGAUUCCUCCACCAAUGAUGAUGCAGCCUCCAUUUCCAGGAGCUCCCCUGCCCCCCAACAUGGUACCCCCAGGCGCUCCACCACCAAACUUGUCGGGAGUACCACCCCCGAAUAUGGGAGGUCCUCCUCUCCAUCAGUUUAAUCCCCCAGGACCUCCACCUGUGAGUGCUCCCAAGGGACCACUAGGGCCGCCCCCGAAUCUUGUCAGACCACAGGAAGGCGGGCAAUUUCCGCCGGAAAACAACCGAUUUCCACGUCCAGGGUUACCUCAAGAUGCGGUACAGUUUCCACCACAGUUCCCUGGUAGACCCCAGGACAAUGCGCAGUUUCCUCCUCAAGAUGGGAAGUUUCCGCCUCAGCAUGCUGGUAGACCUGAAGAUGGUGGCCAGUUUCCUCCAGUGCAUCACACCAGUGAUGACAGCAAGUUCCCACCUCUUCACCCAGGCAGACCCCAAGAAGCUAAUCAGUUCCCACCAAAUCAUCCAGGUAGACCUCAAGAAGGUGGACAAUUUUCCCCACACCACCCAGGUAGACCUCAGGAUGGUGGUCCAUUCCCUCCUCAUCGGCUUGGGAGAUUUCCAGAUGGCCAUUUUCCACCAAUGCAUCACGGACCUCCUCCGUUUCAUCAGCGACCUCCACACCACAUGAGAAUGCCACCUUUCCAUCCAGGAGGGCCAAGGUUCCCUCAUGAUUUACCGCCUCUCAUGCCCUCUGGAGGACCACCACGUGGUCCCGACUUUGGUCCCCCUGGACCGGGCCCAUGGGGGCCAGGCCCAGGACCAAUGAGGGGGCCACCCCCACAUGCUAUUCCUCCUCCUGGCUGGCCAGAGAAUAGACCCACUGAAGAUGCUCGUGAUCCUGAAGUAGCUGAGGACUGGAAGGAACAAAAGAGUAACAAUGAUGAAGAGCAGGCAGAGGAGAUGAACACAGUCAGCGAUAAUAUCACAGUAGAGAAGCCAGACGAUGAGCGAGACUUCGGUCGCAGACCAAGAAGAGAACACGACGAUCGAGAUCGUGAGCGAUCUCGGGAUCGGAGUCGUGAACGUGGACGUGACCGUGAUGAUCGUGGUCGAGAUCGCGACGAUCGGGUUCGAAAUCGAGAUCGGGAUGAGCGUUUUCGUGAUCGUGAUCGCGGCCGAGAUCGCGAACGUGAUCGAGAUCGUGAUCGUGGCCGGGAUCGUGAUCGCGACCGAGAUGACAGAAGACGCGAACGCGACGAAAACCGAUCAAACAGGGACGUAAAUGGAGAAAGGGAUGGCCCGAGGGAUGGCGCAAGGGAUGGCCCCCGACGACGGAGCAGAUUUGAACCUAUGGAAGAAAAACCAGACUCAACUGAAUUGGAAGUGAAAGAGAACAAUGUUAAUGAAAUCAAAGAACCUUCCAGCAUUGUUGCGAUUCCAAUUUCUCGAAAUUCUGACAACGAAUUUGCACCAAGUGAAGAGGGUGAGAUUGUAGAUAGAAACGACAACGAAGUUCUAAAUAAUCCCAAGAAUAUCGAAACUGUGAAUGUUCUCCAAGGCAACGAAGACGGAAACAUUGCUAAGGAUAUUGAAGCAGAAAAUUUCCCCAUGGAUAGUGAGGACAAAAACAUUCCCAUGGAUAUCGAAGCUGUGAACAAUCCCAGUGAUAUCGAAAACUUGAACAUUCCCAGGGAUGUCGAAGCUAUAAAUAACCCCACCGAUAUCGAAACCGCGACCAUUCCCAAGGGUAUCGACUGUGUGGCCUUUCCCAAAGGAAAUGAAACUGCGAACAUUGUCGGCGACGGUGAACAAAGUAGUGCGGUUGAGACUUCAAAGUUAUUGAACAGUGAUAUUAAAGGCGAUGCUGAACAAGUCAGUUCCAGCUGACUGGUGUAAAAUUACUCACAAACAGAAGGUCGAGUAACGCGUGGUGUUCGGACCGCGACUCGCUCUUGUACCUUACAUAAAACCUUCAAACCUCUUUCACUUUUUGAUAUGACGUUUCUCUGCGCCUUGCUUGUUGCAAACGAGUUUGAUACGUGUUUCACUUGCCAUGCUCAUUGGUCAAUAUCUCGUCUUGCGGACCUGCAAGUUGGUCUUGUGGCGGGCAGAUCACCCUCCUUCUGUUAAUUUGACUUGUUAAUUCUUAGACCUAAUCUGAAUGGACAAAAUUUAUUUUGUGUUGAAGACAAAUGUCUUUAGGUUCGAACAGCACCUGGACCCAUGCAUUUAGUGUCGCUGUAAAUCUCUAAAGUCAUAACGGUAGUAACUGUUAAUUACAUAUAAAAAAAUAUAUUUAUUUAAUUUCACAAGGCGAGAUGAUUGGCUUAUGUAAUCAGAAUGGUCAAUUAUUCUCAGACGGAGAUGUCAUUUAGUUAUGGUGUCUCAAAGAGAACUUCAAGGAAAGUCCUCAGUAAUCUGAGUAAUGGUAGACAUGAAUCAUAGAGAAACUGUUUCCUUUCGAUAAUUUGUUUACUGAUAACACUGGGGUUAUGAUACAAAGUCGAAUAAGUCAACCUUGAAUAAGUCAGUAAUUACUCAGAUUUUUACACUGGCGGGGUCCCCGGUGGGGGCCAUCCCAUAAGCCCAUUCGGACGCUAAAGUGCCACAGUUUGCGGAAGCAGUAGCGGCUUACGAGUACAGGCACAGCGACUUGUAAUCAAAUGUUUUAGCAGUUGCAGCACAAGCGGAGUUUUAGAGGUGCGUAUGUUGUAUAUUUUUUGUAUUAUAAAGUUUUUAGUGUUGUUAAAGAACGGACAGCGGGAAUGAAGUCUUGUAACCUGGCGAAAGCGAUCUGUUAGUUAACUUUCACUUCAGUUGGUGUAAGAAACUACUCCGAAUUUUCGUCAGUCUUCUGAAUGUCGUAAAUUAGCGGGUCCGAAGCAGUGAAAUACUUUCUAAGUACUUAGUCUAAGGUAUAGCUUACAUUCGGCAUGGACAACUUUUUGAGAAGAAAUUUGGACUCGGUAAUACCGUUCAAUAGCUAAGACAUGUAGCAGGUUCCGGAAAAAAAUUGUCGUUGCCAGGAUAGCCUAGGCCUUGGGUGGCGAAAACGUGCGCAAAGUUUAUAUGAGAUGAAAUAAACCUUGAAAAAUAACCGUGAAAACACAGGUGAAAACAGUAACGUUGAUAAAAAUAUGGAGAAUGAUCAAACAGCUUUUGAGGCGUGAAACAAGUUUGCAGUCGGGCUAGGUGAAGUGUUCCUUCAUGUCAGCAAUAAAAAGAACGAAAUUCAAAAUGAGAAAUUAAGGACAUCUAGCCCAGUACAGUUCCACUAUACUGUAUAGGUCUGAACAUUUGUAGUAAGAGAAUUUGACAUGUUUCUCAAAUGCUUGAUGAUAAAGCAUGGUUUACAUGCUUGAUUAAAUGCAAACGCAAGCAAAUACACUUCCAAACUACCCUAACACAAAUGCCAACGCGAGCAUAAGUGCCAACGCAAGAAAUGGAAAAAUCUUCAGUUUCUUGUCAGGCUGUGUCUAGAAAGCGUUAGGGUGUCACAGGUUACUAACUUUUUGUCUUUGGUGACUGGAAAAACUUUUUAAAUAUAAGCUGAAGGACUGGGCACCCAGGAUUUUGUGGUUGGGAACCUGUGGGCUCCUUGGAAUUUUUUUAAGACCACAGCCUUGCUUGCACUUGUGUUUCUGCUUGCAUUUGCAUUUUACACAUGUGAACUGGAACAAUACAAAUGUGCAAACACAUCUCAAGUCUCAAUACUUAGUCUCAUCUUUCAUCAGAAAGACUGACUGCGUAUGCAUAUCUUACCAAGAUUAUCAGUCUAGUAAGGCGUGACGAGUUUGGUGACCAGGUUUUGACAUUCCUCUUUUGUUGUUAUCACGGGCAACUGGCUCGAUUUCCAGUGGCAACUUGUUGGCCUUUGAUGUCAUUAGCAGCAAAGCGCACAAAAUUAUUGUUACCACUGGAAAGGAGGAAAGUUACCCAUGGCAACACUUUGUCACCAUAGCUUGUUGCGCCUUACUCAACUGAUAAUAUUUAGAAUGUAGUACCUUGGUGUGUGCAUUCAAUGUGUGAAUGUCAUUUGCUUUCGUGUUUGCAUUUGUAUUGCUUGUGUGAACCAGGAAAUAAAAGUAGCUGCAAAUUGUUAGUUAUCACCUUCUGCCCAAUCAGUGAUUUCUUUUUCACUUGAUUUUCUCAACUUCAAUCUUUGAUUUAAAAAAAAGCAAAGCAUUUUCAGUGAUACUUUUAUCUGAUGGGGGUCAAGCAAAGGUAAUGGAGAGAAAUUAAACAAAGAUAUAUCUA